UCUGGUUAGGAAAACUGUCGCAAUACAAUAAGAAACAUUUCAUUUUCUUCUUCCUCGUUGUCAAUCUGGUUUUUCCUAACCAGGAAGCAACCGACGGAAAGAAAAUAACUUACUAAAGGAAGACUCUCUCUCUCUCUCUCUCUCUCUCUCUCUCUCUCAAGUCUCUUACCAAACAGGCCCUUUGUUUGCUCUGAUCUUAGUUUUGUCUUCUGUCAUCCAACGAACAUAUCCAGGUGAUUUUGGGAACCCAGAAAUGGAAGAUCUGAGCGCAUAAUGAUGACAACUAAGAAGAAGAUAAGAAGAAGAAGGUCGUUUUAUGGAGGUGGAGGUGGUCGGAACGGCGUCGUUCGGAACCGGUGUCAGCUUCGUACUUCGUCUUGGACAGACCCUAUUUUCCUCCGCCUCACUUCUCUUCAUGUGCUUCGACGACGAAUUCUACGCUUACACUGCCUUCUGUUAUCUGGUGACGAUCAUGGGUUUGGUGACACCAUGGAGCGUGACGUUAGCCCUAGUUGAUGCAUAUUCAGUAAUCGUUCAACGCCUUCCUCUGCAAGCUAGGGUUAUAUCCGUCAUCAUGGCCGGAGAUUUCGUACGUGCCAACCCUAUUACCCUUCGUUUACUUGCGUUCAAAGUGCUGUCGUUUCUUUCGCUAGGAGGCGUUUGCGCAUCUUCAAGUGUGGUCGGACUGAUGAAGGGGGCGGGGACAUCCUUCUGUGGCGAAACCUUAUGUAGCAGAUAUCAGUUGUCCGCAACAAUGGCGUUUUUGUCUUGUCUUCUUUCCCUGUGUUCCACUUUCUGCAACCUUUGGCUCAUUCCUGGUCUACUCUCUCAUUAGCCAAAGGCUCUUUUGCCUUAUUCAAGCUAAUGAAAGAGCAUGUUUUGCAUGAAAAUAUAGCUGUAAAUCAUCAACUCUUUUUUCUUUUAUACAAUAUUGUAGCGUUGGGGAAAACAUUAGAGAGGGAAAUAAUUU